GGAAGAGGUUCGUGGCGCCAGAUUUUACUGCUUUCCGAGAAUCGCACGUAUAAGCGGUUUAAAGCCACCACAAAAAUUAUCAGACCAUAAAACGAUCACUUUCUCCAGCUGUUUGUAGAAAGAACACAGAAUUGAGGACUUUUUAAGGACGAGAGUUCUGCUUGAAAUCAAGGGAUUUUCUAUAGCCAAUUGUAUAUUUAAGAGAUCUAGCUUUCCUCGAUGGCAACUAGAAGCGAGGAAGUGAUUUCAAUUCCGUCUGACGGGGAGAGAACAAGAAACAACGUCCAACAGAGGUAUCUGUUAGUUUUCUAUUUUAUUUAAAUUCGCGAAACUGCAGCCUAUUUUACAAAAAUCCUUAAUCGUCAACAAUUUCAAAUCCUCUGGCGGCGCACGCCGUCAUAAUCAAUGUGUCAACCUACUUCCUUGUCACAAUUUUCGGUUGGAUAUUUAUCCACAAAUGUACAAAUAACUGAGUUAUACCUCCUUUCGAUUUACUAUUUGUUGGUUAGCGAGUUUUCGCCAGUCCCAUUUUCGGCCCAUUUUGAGCAGUUUCAGUGCGACUUUAGAGAAUUAUGUAAUGGUAAGAUUUUCGUCCGCCAUUCGUUUAAGGUUCAAGUUUCGGUUGCGAAGUCGGUAAACAUCACCCGGUUUUAAAAAUAUAUCGACAAAGGGUUUUAGAGUUUGGAGCUAAACGGAUACAACAACAUUCUUGUUAUGCUUGGGUUAUUUGCAAACUGAUCCUAUACUUUUACCGUCAGAACGAUUGAAGCAAAAAUGUUACUAUUAAUGCGCGGUCCCCUUUUUUCCUGACAUAACAAAAGCGGGGAAAAACCUUCCUCAAUUAAUUUCAAAAUAAAUAAGAGACUAGCGAAGGGACUGAGUGCUUAACAAAUGACAACUAAAGUAAGGGUAAGCUAAAGUUCGGUCGCUCAAUAUCUCCCCUUCUUUCAAUUUCGAGUCCGUCCGUCCGGUUCACAUCACCCGACAGGAGUUCAUUAAUAAAUUGAGCAUGUUCCGACAAGCUGGUGCUAAUGCCUUUCUUGGUCUCUCCAUCAUGAAAACCUUUUUCUCUUCAUUAAGCUCAUUUUGCUUUCACGUUUAAGGCGAAUGUUCAAUCAUUUUUGUACUGAAUCGACAACCUGCUAAACUUUAAAAACAAUUCAUACAGGGUUUUUGCAUGAGCUCUUACAUUUAUUCACACUUAAAAGAGCCAUAAACAUGAUUCCGGGAUUCUUUGCCAAUAAAAGAAACAUUACCAUCGUUCUAUUGCUGAUGCAAAAAGUUCUACAUAUAGGAAAUUCCAGUGCGACUAUGAUUAUGCGAUCUGUUGUGUGUUUCUCAGUGACCGUUUUCACCUAAAAGAGAGAGACACGAAGAGAUUUGGCGCACUCUACGCACGUGUUCAUGAACAAAAAUUUCAUUUGUUGUAAAUCGUGUGAACCAUAUGCUUUCGAUUAAUUUAUUCGCAAAUCAGGGAUUGUUUUGUUGCUCUUAGACUUGCUGCAUAGGUAUCAGAUUUAGUAUUCGCUUUAUACGUCACAAACAUAUUUAUUCUCCGCAGUGAAUCACGAACAUAAUCGUCGGUGAACUGAAUUUACGUGUUAAGCCGGAAAAAACGAAGGCUUGAGUUUGAAUUUCUGCGGCACAGUAGUGGUGUUUGCACACAACUGUGGCUAUAUCAAGUGCUCAAUUCUAAAAGUUAACUUUUUUAUAUGUACAUUUUUAUAUAUUUAUUAAAAACUGAAUCAUUGGAUAAUGUAAUUCUGGAGCUCUGAUUGGCUUAGCCAUUAUGGUAUAUGAGCCAUUUUAUCAUGUUCUCCAAAUAUAGUAACUAUUACAAACGAGACUUAAAUACGAGGUAUAACAAUUACUAAAUUAACCCUAAUUAUACAAAGGUUACGUAGCAAGUUGAACAGAAAACAAAAGAUAAUAGUGAACAAAGGGUAGUAAUUAACGGAUUAAAAUACAAAAUACACGGCAGAGAAUUAAAACUAAAAAUACUAAUGAACAAAGGUUAAGUAACUUAGUGAAAUUUAAAGGAAAUAACAUGAAGUACUAAUGAACUUAGAAUAAACAAUGACAAAAUGUAGCUACCAAAACGCAACAGGUUCCCAAUUCAGGGCCCCUGAACAUUCAUAUAGGCAAACACUAAAACAUAAUCCCAAAGCAGAACCUUUAAACUAAAAGUCAUAAAAAUCACCACUGAAGGCUUACUGUAAAAUCAGCACAAAAAUAACAAGAUCCCUGAACAGGGCCCCUGAGCGUUUAGGCAGCUACAAGCUAUAACUAAAAAAAACCUAUUAACUACUAUCGGAGUUUUAUCUACUAGAGAAUGCAGGUGUAAGGCUCUAAAUUUGCCUCUUUGUAACGUUGAGAAGAUCCAUGGCACUAGUCAGGUUUUUAUAAGCAGACUAGAACAAAUUUGCAUGUCCCUGCUAAGAUGUCAGGUUUGGCCAAAGUGAGAAACCACUUAGUAUUAGCCGAGCGCGGUUUUGUUGAACACUCGCAACUCGAGCCCUUUUAACAGUGAGUAAAAUUCAUGUAGAAAUAAGACACUGGGUAUAAUUUCAAAUACGGUUAAUGCAUGAGUGGAAACAAAACAAAGUUUCACAAAGCUGAAGCGCUAAACUGACAUUUAAAGUAGGAACUAGUCCUCAUUGACGGGAAUAGCUUGGUUGACAAACAAUCGAUGGAGCAAGAAUUUUCGCUUAUCGAUGGCUAGUUAGGUUGAUUCUAACCAAUCGAAUCCUUGUGUAUCCUUAAGAUCUUUUUGGGUUUACAUCACUCAGGUGCACCAAAGACGGUUUCUCUCCUAAAUACAUUGAAAACGCUUUCUAUAGGCUAUUCAGAGUACUUUUAGAUCUCUAGGAAUGCAUUCUAAGCGGCGCUAUAAAUCUGUACCUGUUCGAUCAUACUAGGGGAACCUAGUCUUUUCGAGUUUACAAGGGCUUCAGUAUUAUUUUUCCAAAAACCUUAGAUGCAAUUUAACGUAUUGAGCUCACGGAAAUGGCGCUAUACAAAUUCUUGUAUUAUCAUAACGAAAGUAAGAAUUUUUCUUAUUCCUUUCUCUAUCACCUUUUUUAAUUCGAAAAUCUUAGGUUUCCUUUUUUGUACGAAAAAUGGCCUAACCUGGGCAGUGAAAUGUACGAAUUAAACUUCAGAAAAUCGUGGGGACGUUAUUAGAUAUGAGUGUCGAAAAUUGUACCUGAAUGGGACGUUCAUCUAGAUAUUUUUUAUCGUCCUCAAGUAAUAGAAAAUCUUAGGGGCAAUAUUUGCCUCUCCGAACAGAUACUUUUACAGAAAACAGCCAUUGCAUUGGGUGACCCUGAUUACUCUACAGAAGGUAGAAUCUCUCUUCAUAGCAGGCAUCCAUCGCAUAUACUCUAAGAGUACCUUUCUGAGCUCUCUUCUGCAGAUAGGAAGAGCAUUAUCGGCCUUAACAAGACCCAAGUUUUCUGAGUCUCCGUUCUCUUCAUACUCAUCGAUCAAAGAGUUGAGCUUGACCCCGGGGGGUAAUUGGGUUGAUUUUUUUCUGGGUAUGUGCCGCUGGCCUCUCAGAGCCCCUAGACCCAAUCUUAAUCACUUUUGCGCAAAUAUGUAAUUUUCGCGAUCCCAGCUAAGUCACUUUCUAUUUAUGUAUCUACCCUAUACUGAAUGAAGAACACUUUACUUUUCACCUACAGUACAAAUAUUCUGGUACGUUUGCUAACCGUAAAUAUGAAGAACAGUCGUACCCCAAAAUCCGAAAAUGUGCGACGCCAUCCAGUGGCACAUUCCCAUUAGCCUCUUAUAAGAAAGUACCCCCGGAGCUUGACCUGUUGGCGUUUCUGAACUUCUGCUUGAAUAAUGUGGCACCAGAGGUCUAAGUGCUCAGUCUCUUUUGUCUCUUCUUGAGUGGAAGAAUCCGUUUGGCUAAAAGUUUCACUUUCUUGCGAAAGGUCGCUUUUUUCACUGUCGUUGACAUUUCCAUUACCUGUAUGAUACCCAUUGUAUCCAACACCACUCCACAUUCUGUGAAUUGCACGAGUUCUGGAAAUAAUUUAAAAUGCUUGAGCAGUGGCACGUUUUGUUUUGUUUUGUUUUUUUUGGGGGGGGGGCUAAUUUCAAAGGAAGGGCUACUGAGCUUCCUCCUACUUUACAAUGCACGAGUUGAGAGAGCAACUAAAGUUCAGCAAGUAGUGUGAGUCUAUAAUCCAAGAUCGUUUUAUAAAGAUAUUGCCAAAGGCGGGGUUUAGAUAGGCGUCUGCCUCUGUAUUGGACCCACCAUCAUCCAAAAUAUCGACUUCACAUUGGCCUCAUGGGGGCCUUACAAUUUAUAGAUGAGAAUUGCAUAAGGACUGGCGUGUAAGAGUUGUUUAGAAAUGAUAGCAUUGAUUUGUACAGGUAUCAGGAAGCUAGCUGUAUUGCUGAAACGUCACUUCAGUUAUUUCCACUUCUUUAUUUUUCUUGGUGUUGAUACCUGAUAAAAGACCCUACCCAUUUCCCGUUCUUGUUGCUUUGGUGGGGGUGCAUUCUGCGCAAUUAUGUCUCAGAUUAAGUGCGGAUUAUCAACGUUAUCAAAGGUUACCUAACCAGCAAAGAAAAAGACAUUGUUCAUAAUUCCGCGAACUCUUAUACUUCCUUGAAAACGUAACACUGGUGAUCAAAGUCCAGAGGGACGCUUACGAUUUAUUAACCUUUCCUUGAAAGAGAAACUUAAGAGCAAGUGACAUACGUACAUCAACCCACAGGCAGGCCAGUACCUAAUGCAUGCGAAAAGCCAUAUCACCCGGGCAAAGUCUUUUUUUUUUUUUUUUUUUUCAAAGGGGGAACAUAAAGGCACUUAGUCAACAGAAAUGCGACACUACUUUGUUAUCAAUUUUGGUAGUUUAGUUACUGAUAAAGCAAGAACAUUUUGCUUCCCUAAUUAUAUUUGUAUGAGUCUUAGCAUCCCAUCCGCAUUCUUGACAAUUAAGAAUGACACUAAGACCUCUAUAUCGCUCAAGCAUGUCUGUUUGGGUUGGCGCUUGUGAGGUGCAAAAUUCUUUUCGUCCCAGCUAACACGGUGUUUAGAUGAUAACUUUCCAAGUCCGCAAACUGGAAUUGUCAAAAUAUUUAAAGACAGGGAUUCAAAUAGUUUGUAUCCUUUGUAUUAGUAAGCACUAUUCCCGAAGAUGAGAAUUAGUUUCUACUUUAAAUGUCGGUAUAGCAUUUCAGAUUUGUGAAAUUCAGUGUUGUGUUUCCUCUCAUACAUAAACUGAGAUAUUUGAAAUUGUGCACAGUGCCUUAUUUUUAAAUGAAUUAAAUUUACUCAUAGUUAAAAGGGCUUAUGUUAUGAGAGUUCAACAAAACCGUGCUCGGCUAAUACUCAGCGGUUUCUCAGUUUAGCCAACUCCGACAUCUAAACGCUGUUUACUGUUGGCAGGGACAUGCAAAUUCGUUCAAGUUUGUUAUAAAGCAUGUCUAAGUGCCAUCGAUCUACUUGACGACGCCACUACUCACCACUGUAUAGUAACUCAAAUAUUUUCAGGAAACAGUACCAGUUGAAGUUGUAACUGGGAGACUAUUUCAUUACUUCGUUGGUCGAGUGCAAAAAAUUAUCAACAGUCCUUUAGUUUUCACGCGAACUCCGAUUCGCAGCUGGCCCUAAGAAUAUGUCAAGCUACAAGAGUAAACAUGCCACCAUCUCGUCCAAUGGUAAGUCAGUAUGCGUAAAUAAUAAUGUUUUUCCUGUACGUAAGUUUGCCUGAAGUCCAAAGUCGAUUUUCGCCUCCCAUAAUGUGUCAAGUUUUUCGUAAGAAACUUCCUUACCGUUUUUCUCAAUUAUUUCAUGGUUCGAUAAAAUAGUGAAAUGUCAUGACACCUCGUUUCAAGGAAUAUCUAUAUAGCCGAUGAUAUUUAAGAGAUCUAUUUUUCCCGAUGGCAAAAAGAAGCGAGGAAAUGAUUCGCAAUCCGUCUAAAGGGCAGAGAACAAGGAACAACGCGCAGCAGAGGUGACUGUUAGUUUUUUAUAUAUAUAUUAUUAUUAUUGUUUAAGCUCGCCAAACAUUUUAUUUCCAUAUAGAUCAUUACAAGACAAUCCUGAAUUGUCAAUCAAUUCCAAUCUACUGGCGGCGCACUCUUCAUCAUUAUCAGAGUAUCAACCUUCUUUCUUGUCACUGUUUUCUGUUGGAUAUUUAUCCACAAAAAUGCAAAUAAGAUCUGAGUAUUACGUUACGGUGAACCGUUGCUUAGUGAGAUUUCGCUAGCCCCAUUUUCGGCCGGUUUUGAGUUGUUUAUGCGCGUCUUUAGACUUAUAUGUUAUGGAUAAAUCUAAUUUGGCAGCGAAAAUAUUACAAAUAUUUUACACGGUCUUCCUAUUUUCCCGGACACGAUUGGCAAAGCGGAAAAACUUUCCUUUAUAUUCAAAAUGAAAUAAGAGACUCGAAAAUGCAUUGACUAUUUAGAAGAUUAGCAUACGUUGUUAACAACAUAAUUAUAAAAAGUUGUGGAUUUUACACCUGUAGGCUGGAAGGUCGUUGAGAAACUUUUCAUUUUUAAUACGCACUUGUAGUUAAUGGUAUCCUUGGAAAUUUAGAAAACGUGAUAUUGUUCUCACUGAUACGUUGUGGGGAGUAAUCCUCACUUCUUGCAUUAUUCUUUAAGAGGAAAAGUUUCCCUCUUUCUCUAGAAAUCUGCCGUUAAUUGCUCUUUCAAUCUGUCUGCCGCUUCUUGCACUAACUCGAAGAGUUGUCCCUUUCGGCUCAGUUACUCCUUGAUGCCGAAGAGGUCUUUUUUAUCCUCCACAUGCUUCCUCUAGAAAUGUGCCACAUUCAAGCGACUCUCCGUAUAAGAAAGCCCCGAAUUUUACACAGAAAGAACGCACGUGCCCUUGGACGCUAUCAAUCUUACACUUAAAUUAAAACAGUCAUGCUAAAUACUCAGUUCUUUUUAUUUUUAGAAUACUGCGCCUAAAAAACUGGAAAUGUUCAGCUUUAAGUUCUCUUUAUAUUAAAGCUGAGAUGUAAAACAGCUCAAUUCACUGCUGUAGAAACGUAAGGAAAUCACUGUGGACGCCCCAGCGCACUACAACAGCGUCGUUUGUGACUGAAGUAAAACUUAACCUCGGUAUCUGUCAACAGCUGUUCAAAUUUGUUAAAUUCCUUCUCCAAAACAGUUCCAGACAAAUUAGUUGGGGCACUUCCACCGAAUGCGCAUUCCACCUCCUUCUCGCCCAUCUUCUCCCCCUCCCAUUGUUGUUUAUCACAGUUAAUUAACUCACAAAAUUCUGUACACCAACAUUAGGAGUGCGAGAAGAUAGAAAAGUCUCCUAACUGUUUCGACUGAGAUUUUAGGUAUAUCCGUAUAGGAAACAAACAGUGCCUUAUAGCAAAGAUUGCUCUUGGAUAUUGUGAAGCAUAAUUGUUGCCCGGUUUACACGACGAGCGUUUUUAGCACGGUACCUUUAAAAUUGGGCACCAGUGUCUGAAAUGGAAUUGCGAUGGGCACCGGUACCCAAAAUUUUAGGGGUGCCGGGACCAUGUAAAUAGGUGGUCCAGUGCCUGUUUUUGCAGUGCGGUACCCGGUGGAAAUUGUGGAUCACUGAAAUCAAGAUGGCAUCAAGUUUGAUCAGCAAAGACAGCAAAGUAACGUGGUGUGAUGAGUCAACAAAGGCACUCAUUUAUCUAUCCUGCGAGGAAAACAUCCAAAUUAAAACGCUUCAUUCUUGGCUAGUUGUCACAGCUUCCGCGUCUUACAGAAACAUUCUGCACCUCUUACUAGCGUUGUUAUUAAAAGUAGGGAGUAAGUUUACUUCCUUCGCUAUAUAUUCUCGAAGAUUUCUAUUUCUCCGCCUCCUUAUUAAACUACCAUAACAAAAAAGUUUGUUCACGUCUACUGUCCGCCGUCUUGAAGGCGUUAACCCUAUUUCUUCAACCUCCUUCCCAAGGUUCCCUCCUACCGCCUUACGAAGCGAGAGAGAGAGAGACCCUCGAAAACGCUGGUCACUUGGCUCCAGAACAAAAUUAAUUCUGAGGGAGGAGUCCUUUGUCUCACAUUUUUUUUGUCUGGUUUAUUCGCAACGUUCACGCAGUGAUCGCAACAGCAAGAUAGAUUUGCUAACCCUACUACAACUAUGACUGAAACUAGGGGAAAUUUCUGCCAAAACAAAACUAUCAGAUAAACAAGUGAAUUACAAGCGAAGGAAUCAAAAACUAGCGUUGUCGCCGGUUUAACCGAUGACACCAAUCGCUAAAAAUCUACGAUCUUGAGUUAUACACAAGCGAGUUAAUUUUUUGAAGGUAAAAUCCCUGUAUGUUGAACUUCUAUAUUAAAAGUUUCAAUGUUUGUCUGACAGCGCUGCUUUUUCUUUUGCUUCCUGCAACCCGGGGGUGGGGGCUUCGGAUGUCCCCCGUCUUUAACUUCAAAACCGCUCAUGAUGCGGCCCCCAAAAUUAUACAAAAUUAUGCACUCAUCAUUUCCAACAUUUAGCAUAACUUGAUUAACACAAUGACCCAAUUUGAAGCCAUCGCACCGGCAUCGCGAGGUCACGGGUUCAAAUCCCGUUGAAGUCCUGAAUUUUUUUCAGGCUUCUUUACGCAAUUGCAUAAAUUGCGUUCACUACGACGAUCAUUUCUUCAUUUUCAUUUCAUUUCCGCAGUUCAUAUAUGAUUUAUUUCAUAUAUCAUUAACAUUAUAACGUCACUUUGUUCAAUUCAUUAACAAAAUCCCCUCAAAGUAGCCAUAAAGCGACAAACUUAAAAAGUAAAAUGUCUGAUGAACCCAGGAAGUUGUCUAACACAUUAAUAAUCUUUAACUACAGCAAUUAUGUCAUGAUUACGUCAUUUAUUAUUUCAAAUGAAAAAACUGGAACCAUCCGCCAUCUUGGAUCCUCCAUUUUGAAUUAAUUAAAUGCAAUUCAUUUUACUUAAAACCCAUGUAAGUAGAGGUAACCGUGAUAGAAGAUUUGAUCUGUGUAUAAAUGGAUGCUUAAGAAGCAAAAAAAAUCUGCUAGUUCUGAAAUUCCUAGGGAAAUAAACACUGUAAAAAAUUGAACCCAGCAUCUACCAUUUGGUCAAUUUGAAUUCAUGUUUUUUUGUAAAAGUAGUCAGUAAAAAGUCUGUGUUACAUUAACAGCUAUCAUAAAUUUGAUAAAAUAAUACUAAAUUAAGUGUAAUAUAAUAAUUGAAUAAGUAAAAGUUGAAAACAAAUGCUUUUUUCAUAGGAAAAAUGUAAAUUUUGAAAAACAUAGUUGUCAAAACUCGGAUGUCAUGGUAACAUCAAGGUGGACGUACACGUCACAAAGACUUCAAAAUGUUCUCAGAUAACUUUUAGGCAAAGUGGCUAAGUUUGGUGGUCAUAGCUUGAACAAUUUUGAAGUUUCUCAACUUUUUCGUGAGGGGGGUGGGGGACGGGGGCUCCACCGACAGAAUGCAUCAAUACGCUCUUUAAUUUAGAUUACCCAUGUCAAGUUCAGCACGGCCCAUAAAAAAAAAUGCGGCACCCUAAAAACGUGUAGACUGAUAAGAGACGGGGCAAGAAUGUCGGAAUCGGUGCUCAAAACGCUUGUCGAGUAAGCCGCGCUUAUAUAUACGCUGAAUAAAACGCUGUAGUUUAUCGGCCCUCUUCAGCGAAAAGACAUGAGGUAAACUAAAAAAUCGGCCCGUUUUUAUUACUAUUUUUUUUGUGUGUGUAUGUAAUUUCCUUUUUUAUUUUGGACUUAACUGUAGUCAAAAUGAACAAGAACGCUCUAAAAAUCGUUUAAGUCUUGCUUGCUUGGAGAUUAUAAAAAGAAAUAAGACGCUCUAAAAGUGCUGACUCGAACUAAGAAAUAAGGAGGCAAUUAAUUCUUAAGGAGCCUGUGUCCGGGCGUGGAAGCCACAGCGACCAUUUUGCAUGUGAGGAAGGAGAGAGAAAAAUGCUAGCUAGCCAGGUUACAAGUAACCAUUGACUGCCUUUGGUACAUACAAUAAUAUAACAUUCGCACUCCAAACCUAUUGUCCCGGCAUGGGGAACUAAGGGAGGUAACCGCGACUGCUAGGACAAUAGGUAUGGCGAAUAAUGAAGGUAAGCGACGUCAAUCGCCAGCAGGGGAGGUAGGAGGGGCGAAACUUCUAAGUCACAUCCAAUGAACUCCGUUGAACUUGCCAAGAGGCGGGCAAAAGCCAAGCAAUUCUAACCAAGGGCCGCCAUGCAUCAUGCCACCAGUACGCGGGCCCGACACGACGGAAAUUUAAGCAGUUAAUUUUUUUACGGGUCAAUUAUGUAUGCAGUGAGAAUAGUAACGUGUUAGUUACCAGCUGAGGAAAAGCAUCAUGAAUUAAAACCGGCCUUUAUAGCGGAGUUCCACGCGCGCGCGAGCGGAGCCCUAAUGCUACGCCCACCCGUACGUCUAAUUCAUUUAAGCCGGUGUCAAGUGUCACAUUAGAUCUUGCUCAGAUUGACACUGGCCUGUCAAUUAUAUAAGCCAUCCAUAUGAAGAUGAAUUGACAGCUGUCAAAAUCAGGCAUCCGCUGACAAAUAGCACAUAGCCAUCUCGUGGGCUCAGGUGGAAGACUGGUCGCUUUGUGCCUACAUGUAAGCUGAUGUAAUAUGUCACACUGACAAUCAUAAGUAUAGGCGCUUGAGAGGCGCGUGUGACUACUUCUGAAGAGUGAAAUGCAUUGCAACGUUUCUCAAUGAUUCGUAACGCUUUUUUAGCCUUUGCCAUGAAUGCGAGUAACUUCGUGAAACACAUUAGCAAUGUUACCAUUGUUUUUUUUUUUCUUGUGUGACGACAGAAAUGACAGUGAAAGGUCAAAGCGGGACACGUAGUCACUCCAACAUGUCCUUUUUACAAUGCGCUGCAAAUGGUCUAGUCGCUCCUUUGCAGCCGUAUGAGGAUUUUCGUGAGACUUUUAAAUCUUUCUUGACAUUGCGUGGGAAGACUCACAAGACCUGACAGGAACCUCAGAAAUUAUAUCUUGACCGUGCGUUGAAGUCGAUAUUGUAAUAACAAAAACAUCAUUUAAAGUGAAUGUUUAAGAACAAAAACUCGAAAAGUAUUCUGUUUUCUUACUAAGUGUGUUGCGUAUUGCGUGUCAUUUACCUGGAAAAUGAACAUCAUUGGUGAAACAUGAUCCUAUCAACUACUUCGUUGCAUAGCAAGUGACCGAAAGUCUACUCCAAAAUUUCAUUACACGAUGUUGUUGAUUUGGAGCGGAGAAAUCUAUUAUACAAAUCUCGUGGUUUCUAGACUUUUUUUAACAUGAGAAGUGAUGAUGUAUUUCACUGUGUUUUCAUUCGGUUAUACGGCAACAAGACUUAUCAAAGCAGACCACGAGGCAGCCGAGCAUUUCGUUUGUCAUCGAGGACUAUCAACAAAUCAUCGUCGCGACGAACGAUUCCGAAAAUUGGCUAUCUUUGUAUGCUGAUUGGCUCCCAGGUAUAUUCUAUUGUUACUUACUUACUUUCGGAAAACUGUUUCGUUGCCAAUAGUGACUACUGGCGCGUGCGCAGUAGUCACAAAACGACUUUUCAACAAAUUUAAAUUUUUUUGUUGUUAACAAGCUAUUGACUGUUGGAUUGUAAUGUUGCUUCGAAUAACUUAGUUUUGCCUCCUAAAAUUAACAUUUCAAUCAAUUGUUCUGUCCUUUGUUUGAACAAUAUUUUAGCCCUUUUUGUUUUCUAUUCAAAACCGAAUAAUACGCUGUAAUACAACACGCCGAUCAAUUCGAAACUUUACUGGUCCACAACUUACCUUUAAGAUUCAUCCCGCCCCACAAAAGGGGCUGUUUAAGUUUUGCAUGUAAAGCUGAGUCCACUUUCGGGUUCGGUAUAACUGUUACAGAAGACUUUGAGCCCGAUGGUCGGAGAGUCUAUAUUCAUUUCAGAAGUGUUUAGGGAAUAUUUUAUUCUUAAUCAACUGAAACCAUCCCUCGAAAAGGAAAUGGAAGGCUCCAAGUGUCCAGUAGCGAUUUGAAUAUUUCUUUGUCAUGGCUUUAAGUUCACUAGUUUAAAGUUUGUUGCUUAUUACAAUGUAUAUAAAUAGAAGCUUCGCCUUGGCUAAAUCUGUGUAUAUUAACAUAAAAUUGAGGGGUAACUCGUGGCCCACGUUGUCAAAAACGUUUCAGGAUUUUUGGUUUUCUUCGACGUCAAUUAAACCUUUACCAUAGCAUCCAAUCGUCGCUUGUCAAAUCAUGAAGACGGCAAUAACGGGCAGAAGUGUCAAAGUUAAAUGUUGCGGGAAAGUACCGAUUCGUUGUCACCCUACUGUUUCUUCUGGAUCUGGAAGCUCUACAGGAGCAAUUUCACCUUGGGAAUCUAAACUUGCCACGUUUUAGUAAGAAGGUAAAGAAACUUGAGAGCUAGCUAAUAAUAACGUGCGUAAAAAGGCGAACUCUGAAAUUCAAAAGCAACAAACCUUAAACACAGAAACACACCAAACGGAUCGAAAUCCAACAAUCACAAGUCAUAAAUCAUGACCUUUCCCGGGGACCUUUUGAGCCCGUUGAAGUACACUUCUGUUUCCUAAGAGGUCCGGCGCAGAAAGGGCCGAGCCUUCAGAUUAAGGACUUUAAGAUCGGUGACUACGGUCGCCUGGGACGGUUGAUGUCACGUCAGGUAGAACAAGCGUGACCUUUUACCGUCGUCCUUCUGGGACGGUAUGUUUUCGCCGGGGUUUCUCGUCAUGAAGACAACGUUGAAACCGAUAAGAGUUCAUGCAUACUUAUUGACACUUUUCUUCUAAAACUGAGUAGCCAAUGGGUUAAAUAUGCGUUGGCUUGUGUUCACAUUGAUUUACCUAUCGGUGAAAUGAAAAAAAAAGCGAAAACUGGGCCUAACAGUGAUGAUUGUAGCCGUCUUUUUUAUAACUUAAAACUGUAUUUUUAUCAAGAAAAGUUUUCUUUUUAACUCAAAAGGUGUUGGCUUAGGAAAAGAAAGUUCAAAUAAAAACGUCGACGACAGUUUUGAAACUAGCUAGCUUUGAUUGUACCCUUAUUCCUCUGAUUGGUAUUCUUCGCAUAAACUAAGAAACUCUUCUUCAGUAAUUGAGCCUCCUGCGAAAGAAAUGACAAGCGAGUUUCGCACAUGACUUCGCGGCUUUUUAUCCAGCUGUCCCAGCCUACCGUAGUGACCUAUCUUAAAGACCCUAAUUGAUUGACAUCGCAGAAAAACCCAAAACCCAAAGACGUUUUUGACAUCGCAGGUCGCGUGUUAUUCGAAACAGCAGUAAAGGGUGUAGUGUUGGAGAAGAGGGGCAGUGUCGGUGAUUUAGUUUAGGUCAGAAGUUUUUUGCAAACCAAAGUUUGUGAUCGAAGUAGAUCGAAUUAAGACUGUCCUGUGCAUGGAAUGUUGUUGUUGCUGUUGUUUUUCAUUCCAGGUCUAUUUGCAAGAUAUAUUGUUUAUAAAAAGAUUACACAGAUAAUAUAUAUAUAUAUAUUUUUUUUUUUUUUUUUUUUUUCCUGAAAUCAUCAAGCCCCUUCCACAAAAGUUAAAUUGACGGACCCUAAAGUUAAAAAUAGACUUGUUGGUACACUAAAACGUUUUUUUUUUCGUAGCUAUCGCUGCCUUUCCACGCGCAGUCCAUGUUUCUGGUGGUCUAGGUUCUGCAGUUGGUUUUUGAGUGUUUUGCAGCGCCUCUUUGGUUGUUUUGGCGAACGAAUUGCGAAGAGCCCGUUAAUCACCAUCCUGAUAUGUCUCAUGUUUGUCAGUUUUUGUUCUGUGGGUUUCGCCUGGUUCAAAACGAAGAACAGAACAGUGGAACUAUUCAUUCCUCAAAGCAGCCGUUCUAUAGAGGAUUUAGACAAAGCCGCGAAGUACUUUCGAGUAAAGAUUCGUGAGGAAAUCGUCCUUUUGGUGGCAUCACCUGAUGAUCGCAAUGUGUUAGCUCCUCACUGUCUGCGGCAGGCCUUCAAGGCACAUCGUGCAGUUAUGGAGUUGGAAUCAUACACCGAUUUCUGUGUCACGCUUCCAGGACGCAAAGCAAAGACGCUGGACGACUGCAUGAUAAUUAACCCGCUGGAAUUUUUACAGUUUAAUGAGACCAAACUGGAUGGUAAAACCAUAGAACAGGUUCAAGAGGAAAUCACGAAAGCCUAUAACAGCCCAAACCCCCUGACACGGAAUGGCCGGACGUUUUCUUACAACUUUCAACGCACUUUUGGUGGCCCAACUUCAAUAGAUGGAGCUAUUACAAAAGCCACAGCACUGCAAAUGGUGUAUCUAAUGAGUGAUUUUAGCGAUGAAAAGGAGAACGAAAAAGUUCUCGAAUGGGAGAAGAAGUUCAUCGACAAACUAAAGUCGUUAGAAAGUAAUUUUUCUUGUUUUAAUGUCCAUUUCUCAAGUGAGAGGAGCUUAGACGACGCCAUUGCUGAAAGCAGCGGCUCUGACGUCACUCUGGUGUCAAUCACUUUUACUCUCAUGAUCUCCUUCGCCUGCGUCAUGCUCGGCAAGUUCCUGAAUCCACUGACUGGUCAUUCGUUGCUCGCCAAUACAGGGGUGUUCGCAGUGGCCCUUGGGAUACUAUCUGGGUUUGGUCUUGCCAUGUGGUGCCGGGUUCCUUUCGUCAGUAUCGUGGGCGUGUUACCGUUCUUAGUUCUUGGAAUUGGAAUCGAUGACAUGUUCAUUCUAGUGGAUGAGCUUGAUAGGCAGCCACGUGAUAUGUCAGUACCUGACGUAAUAAAAGCUGUAAUGGUGCAUUCAGGUGCCACUGUUACCAUGACAACUGUGACUGACCUUGUGGCGUUUGCAGUUAGUACUUCCACCUCAUUUCCGGCGAUAAGGUGAGGGUCUUACAUUUAUUACUUUCCAGCCUGUUGAAUUGAUAGCUACAACCUCUUAAAAGAUUCUCGAUGUGAAAGCUUCCAGUUUUCAGAGAAAGCCUAAAAAUGAGGAAAAUAAACUCAUCUGUAACCGAGAACCUCCUUUUUGAACCCUUUGUAGAAUUAACACUUAUUGAUAUAUUUUUUUCAACAUUCGAUAAUAAAUACACCUCUCUUAAUUUUAAUUAAUUUUGCACGACUGAAUGGCGCAAACAUGUUCCGUUUCGUUAAUAAAGUACUAACUGUAGGUGUUAUUUUGUUAUCAGAUAUUUUUGUAUCUAUGCGGCUUUGACGGUGACUUUCUCCUACAUAAUGAUCAUCACCUAUUUCGUGGCCGUCAUGACAUACGAUGUAAAGAGAAUAAAAUCAGGUCGUCGAGACUGCUUACCAUUCUGCCGAGCGCCUUCGCCAAAGGAGGGCGCGCCAGCCUGGGACGACCCUACCCCACAGCUAUCGAAUCGCGCUAUGGAGACCUGGGGGAGGUUUCUGACCCAUUCAGCGACAAAAGUAGUUGUUAUAAUUCUAUCACUAGGUUUAUUUGGUGCUGGAAUAUACGGAGUCACAAGAGUAGAUGAAAACUUCGACAGAAGGAUCCUAGCGAAGGAUAAUUCUUACUUGAAAAGAUUUUUGACCGCUGAAGCAGAACAGUUUGAACUUUCCAUCGAAGUCAGCAUUUUAGAGACUGGAAAUGUAAAUUAUGAGAAAUCUUCCACUCAGGAAGCUAUCAAAAACCUAACAAACAUUGUAAACAACAACAAACAUUACUUAGCCCGUUCUCUAUCGUGCAUGGAUCAGUUCGCUAAGUUUGCUAAAAUGGGGAAAAUUAACACUUCCGGUGAAGCAUUUUUGCCUGAAUUGAAAGCCUUCCUCAGAAAAAGAGAGUUUUCAUAUUUCACCCAAGAUCUGAAGUUUUCUCCUAAUGGCUCUGCGAUAGAAGCUUCGCGCAUUAUCUGUUUCAUGAAAAGUAACGGUGAGUCUAUAUUCCAGAAAAAUGCUAUGCAAACACUUCGCGAAGAUCUUGAAAAGAAGUCCAAACUCGGCGCCUUCCCUAUUACACGGGUGUUCAUUUUCUUCGAACAGUAUGUGAUCAUAUCACGUGAGACUAUACGAAACCUCAUGAUCGCUGCCAUAACAGUGUUUGCCGUCACCAGCCUUUUUUUGAUCGACUGCACCGUGGCAAUCCUCGUGUUGUUCAACUUUGCCGCCCUGAUAUGCGAGCUGUUUGGCUUAAUGGUUAUUUGGGAUGUAUCGCUCAACGCUGUGUCUAUGAUAAAUCUUGUCAUGGCUAUUGGUUUUGCAGUUGACUACAGUGCACACAUUGCGCAUGCGUUCGUUGUGUCUAACAAGUUAUCAGUAAAUGAGCGAGUGGUAGAAGCUCUUAGUACUGUGGGUGCGAGCGUACUCUUAGGAGGUAAGUCAAGUCAUUAAUCCUACUAAAAAUUUACAGUUUGAAAUUUUAUUCAUCAACCAAUCCAGACUAGCAGGACAACAAGAAAACUAGCAGAACAACCUAGUUUACAAUCGUGCGAACGACGUAAGAAGCUAGCUGUAUUUUUUUUGUGCGGGCCACUUCGUUCGCAUGGAGUCUUUAACGUUCGGUCUUGUUUACAAGCGCAGUGGGUCGCAAAAAGCACAUUUGUGUGUUCUCCGAAAGAUUGCAAAACUACGGUGGCCCACAAAUUCACUAGUAGAUGAUCUAGUUCAAUAUAAGUCCUAACCCUAGUCAAGUCAACAAAAGAACUACAGCUGGUGUAUACUUGAUAAAUACUUCCUUCCAUUAGAAAACGACAUUCUCUUUUCCUGCUGCUAUUUCAUCCCUAAGAAUUCGACAUAUUUUGUCCGUGAGAUAUUCCCUGAUUUUAAAAUGGACACCUCGUUUUUCAGUCACAUGCCCUUAUUUUCCUAGGUGACUUUAAUGCACGUACUUGAACAGAAAUCAAUUUUGUCCCCGAAACUAAUUCUCAUCAUCUAUACCAGGCGAUAUUAUUCCCAUAAUACUGACUUUAAAAAAGAGAGAAAGAAUGUAAAAAGUAGAUCAUCAAGGUAGAUCAUCACUGUUAAAGACGCAACUUAUGCUGUUGCUAAAAGAAAGCACGAAAAAAAUCAGGCUUGCCAAUAAGUUUAAACCCUGACCUCUGCGAUACCGGUUCAGUGCUCUAACCAAAUGAGCAAGUAAAUCCACUGGGAGCUUAAUUGUUCCAAUAUAGAGCGUUUUCACUCACGUGGCCAGCAUCUAUGCCAAUUUAUUGGAACAAAAGACCCAUUUACAUGAGAAAAGAGUUCAACUCCCAGAGGAUUUACUGGGUACACCAACAUGACCGCUGUGACGUCAUGUGAAAACGCUCUAUAUGACAUUCAUAUGUUCAUCUUUCCUGGGUAUUUUACGAGCAGCCAAGUUGAUGACCAGCUUCCAACUGGCUAGCUGGCUCUACUGGUUACAGCGCUGCACCGGUAUCACAGAGGUCAGGGUUCGAAUCCCGGCAAGCCUAAAUUUCUUCAGGCUUUCUUUUCGCAACUGCAUAACAGGGCCAUUUAUACGAGGAAAAAUAAGACUCGUCUUACAUAGGACGCGUCUUAAAUAAGACGCGAACACUCCGUAUAAGCGGCACAUUUCGUCUAAAAUAAGACGCGGCUUAGCUAAGACGCGUCUUAUUUUAGAACAGCCCUUGGCACCUGUUCUUAGAUAAGACAAGUCUUAGCUAAGACGAGAAAAACUUCGUAUAAAUGACCUUCGCGUCUUAUAUAAGCGCGAACGCAUAGUACGCAUGCGUUAAUUUUGGCGCGCCACGUUGGAUUGCCGUUGCUACGGGCGACAUUCACAUGAAAACAAGUCAAGAACAGAAAUAAGACGCGAACCAUUUACACAAGCUGUCCUCGUCUUAGAUAAGACAUUCUCGUAUAAAUGGCAGAGUUCGCGUCUUAUUUUUCCUCGUAUAAAUGGCCCUAUUGUGUGUCCUUAACUGCGAUGAUCUCCUUUGCAUAUAUUUCCAGUAUGUGUAGUAAACAAGUCAAAGAAUGUGACCUGCUCUCUAUCAGCUAACUUUCUUUUAAUGCAAAAAAAGGAGCUAUUCAUAAGAUAAUCUUUCUCUUUAUCCUCCACUAAUAGGCUUGCUAUUGUCGAGCUUAAGCGGCCCAAUAACCUCCAGACCACAGGCUGCGUAGGAACAGUUUCCAAUAUACUCUAGAACUUUUCACUUCAUCAAGCAUCUGGUGGAAAUAAGUAUCCUCGGCCGUUCUCAAAUCAGAUGUAAUCUCGUUCCUCAGCUGUUUGCAAUCACGCCAGAUUGUAGAAUGUUUUGCUAUAGCAGCUUUCUUAGAUAGCUUAUACCAGCGUUUCAUUUUUAAUUCAAAUCGAGUUGUUGAUCCAUCCUUAAAGGGAGCGUGAAAACCACAUACGUUGCGAAACAAUAGCUCCCACGCGCAACGAACAUGGUCAUUAUCAUCAAAUACUCCCGAGACUUGAAAAGGUGUUUGUUUAAUAUCGGCUAUAAAAAUUCUCUUCGUUAAAGCGCUUAAAGAUCCGUAUUAUUCAUUUAUAAUAUUUCGCCGUUUCUGAUUGGCUCCAAUCCCCUGGCUACUGGCGCUUACCAUAUUAGGAAGAUGCGAGCAUUGCCAUCGAUUCGAUAGUAUAUUUAAGCAAUAGACCACACUUUCUAUGAGUUUACCGGCGUGAUAACCCACGCGGGAUGUUGGGAGAACACGAGAAAAGCUUGUAAAUCACGAGCCGAAGGCGAGUGAUUUACAAGCUUUUCGAGUGUUCUCCCAACAUCCCAAGUGGGUUAUCACGCCGUUAAACCCAUAGAAAGUGUGGUCUAUUGCUUUUAUAAAAUAACUUUUAGUAGAAUGGAGUCUUCUAGGUAAAAUUUAUGGUUCUAGUACCGUGAUCAAGUCACGUCUUCUCUCUAAAGUCAUCAUAAGCCAAUCAUGACUCACGAAUUAAUAGCGUUGAACUUUCUCAAAACAACAAACAGCAGCACUUCAAAACACGAGUUUUUGCACUCAUUGCAUGAUAACUUAUGAAAGCUGUUUUACAGGAAAAGUCAACACAUAUUCAUGCGAACGUACAAUGAAAGAAUGCUUUCAUGGCUUGUUUACUACAGAAGUAGAAAUUAAUUGAACAUCGGACUGUACGCAGCUGUAUUUUGUUGAGUCGAUCCGUAAGAAUUUCGUUGUUACAGACAGAACUGACAGCUAUUGUAAUGGAGGACUUCAUUCACUUUUUACAAGCCGCAGUGGUUUAAGAUCUGUUUUGUGGACGUUAUUAUGAUCAGGAAAUGCUGCGGUAACGACGUGGCUGCAUUUGCGAAGUUGUAGCAUGUAACUUAAUAUGCACGUACAACGACCGAUGGAAAUAUGUCAGUGGUGGAGAAAGGUUUCUUUGCCGUAGCCACAUAUUGGCGUUAAUAUUUGUCGAUUCGUGAAGUCAGGUGGUUUGAGGUAGGUUAUGGCAUCGAUAUCACCGAAUAAUUUGUGCAAAUGUUGGAAAAAAAUCAGCCCGAAACUCUGACAUCUUUCACCAUCGUUGGCAACUUGUUUACAACCUACGGCGGCCGGUUUUCUACCAUAUCUUGAUCAGAGAUCUCUUUUUGGAACAAUUUCUUUUAUUAAGGAAUUUAAUUUUGACAUAAAAUAAAUCAAGAAUGCUAAAACUAUCCGUUUUGUUGCUGGUUGGCACAUGGUUAAGUUUUCCUAGAGACUUUCUACACCAGAAAUUCACACAGUUGUUGUCUUUCUCUGCGAUUUGGCAUCGUCGUGAAAUGUAAACUGUUUUCCAGCUUUGUACUUUAUAACUUCUAAAGCUAUGGCAGUAGCGAAUUGUGAUGCUCAGUAAUAAAAUGUGGAAACCAACGCUUUUAAUAUUAAGAAGGGCUGGGCAAGUAACUUGUUCUGUUUUUUAGCCUUUCUAAAAUCGUUGUUUGCAGAUCAAUUAAGCUGGUUUUGUUUAUGGCUCGUGGUCCGGAUGCCUUUUUCUAUGGGUUUACCGGCAUAAUAAACCAUAGGUUUUUGACCAAUCAGAUCACGCGUACUAUCUCAGUUAUUUUAUAAUUGAUUUUAUUAAAAACUGAAUCAUUGGAUAAUGCAAUUCUGGCAUUUUGAUUGGCUUAGCCGUUAUGGUAUAUGAGAUAUUAUACCACGCUCUCCAUAUAUGGUCGGUGUACGCGUCAGUUUAAAAUUGGAAGCUCUAGCUGAGAUUUUUUUUCGCGAAAGAUAGAACGGCGCCCGAAGCAAAUUGUUUUAAUUCAUUUCUUAGAAUACUAGAAAUACAAUUUCAUCGAAAGAAAAAAGACAAAAACAAACAAAAAAAGCCACAAGAGCUUGUUUGAAAGUUUGUCGAAAAACACAUGAAAACACAUUUCUCCGUUGUUCUGACUUUUAUAACUGCACCGAAAAUCCAAAUUCACAGUAAUUUCGACGGCUGUCACUUAAAAAUUCUUUUCCUUCGCAUUAUCUGCCAGGUCUUUUUAGCUGUUCUGCGGUGUAAAAUCCUAGAAUCCCGAUGAGUUUUUAAAAAACUAAUGUUCAUCGCUACAAUGUUUUGAUUCUUUAUUCAUGCAGUCCAGGAGAGUCCGUUCGCGCGUUGACAGUUUUGAUAGACGUGUGGCAUGUGAAUAGCGGAAGUCCCUUGUCUUUUCCGGUUUGUUCUAGUCGGGGAGAUUCAACGAGAUUUUGUGGGCGUUUUUAAUAAAACAAUUAUUCCACUCGCGCUUGCUGGAUAUGAGAUGAUUAUAGCCAACUCGGCGCUACGUGCCUCGUUGGCUAUCUAUCAUCUCACAUCCAACGCGCCCUCGUGGAAUAACUGUUACGUAAACGAGGCUGAUUGAUGGUAUAUUAAUGGAAACAAGGCUGCUUGAGCAAUAUUGAACAAAAAAAAAAAUGGCGUUCACGGCUAUUCGAGGGCGAGAUAGCUGAAUUUCUGAAUUAAAAUGAAUAGAAGAAAUGCCAGAAUAAGCAAAACAUAUUGCUCGAUGGUUGUUAUCUACUUUUUGAGGAUUACCUGCAAGUUAAAACCGUGAUCUGUUUCGGUAUAUCCUGAAACCGUACCGAGAAAUAGGCCAAAGUUUUGAAGAAAGCCUGCGGGGAGGUGAGCAUGUUAGGAACUUAGAGAUAUUUUGAAUGAAUAACAAAACAAUUACUGAUAAUGAGGCUGAGUAGGAUGUGAAGUGUUAUGCAGAUCACGGAGGAUCGUAUUAUCCACCAAGGCAACAUCCUCCUCUAUCUGUAUAAUUCUUCACAUCCUAUACUCAGCCUCAUUUUGUAAUUGUUAAUUAUCCGUAUAAUCUUGGUUGGAAGUCUUUUGCUCGUGAGGUCAACAAUUGGAAAUGUUAAGCUGUGGUCAGAUAUGCCAAGUGGCAAAACCAGUCUUCCUGAUUAUACCCAGAUUUCUUGUAACAAUUAUAUCAAUCUGGCAUUUUGUACUAGGUGUUGUCCCUGUCGCCUCCGUCACAGCGUUUUGCAUAGCGAAAAGAUCCCAAACAUUUACCAUAUUUUUGCCAUCUUAUUUGAUCGGAUAUUCGAUGAUGCUGUCUCAUUUUUAUCCAGAAAUGUUGCAGUUUAGAAGACAGAUUAAAAAUAUGCAGUCGGAUUUCAACAAGGUUUUCUUGAGCACUUCAUGGAGAUUUCAGCAAAAUUUGGUGACUCAAGCGGAGAUCUAUAAAACACAGAGAGGAGAGCAGUUCUAGAUUGAAAUUUGGCCACGAUCUAUAUGGCCUCUAAUUAUGCCAUAGCUAGAUCUUUGCAGUGCUGACUAUGAGGUUUUCAGCGUAGUAGAAGCACACCAGUCUCCACUUCGGCAAGCACUACCGCUGCGAAAAAGGUUUAAACCAUCAAUAUGAAUUUCCUGAUCACUCGCGGUUGCACUAGAUCCAGCCUGAUCCAGGUGUGGGAUUCCGCUAUCCCGAAAAUGUUCUAACCAAUGCUCUAACCAAAUGAGCUAACAAGCCAACUGGGAGCUGGUCAUAAAAUUGAUUCGUAAAAUACCAGGGAAAGAUGGAGAUGAAAUAAUAAAUAUAUUAGAUUUAUUUAUAAAAUAACUAAGAUAGUACUCGCGCUCUGUUUGGCCGAGAGGCGUGUUUUGCAUGAGAGCAUGUAAACAUGGUUGUGACGUCAACAUGUUUUGCUUUUCGCGCGCUAAUCACGCAAGCACGAAUUUGGAAAAGGUUUUGAGUUGAAAAACUCGACAAGUUUACUUUAUUUACCCAUUUCCUCGUCGGUUGAAACUUGAAAAAUCUUUAGAAACAUGCUGUGUCAAUUUUUUUUUUCGCUUGAGCUGACAUUUUAAGUGAGAAAAACCCGUAUUUUGGAAAGCAUCUUUCUUGCAAAACAAAGACUGAUUGCGCGUAUAAGCUUCAUUUACAAGACUUCGCGACUCGUAAGAAUUUCUCUUUUAAUCUAUGACCUAAACAAGAGAGUUUUGCCUUUUUUUUUCGGGAAAGUUAUUUUAUAAAAGCAAUAGAAAACUUUUUUCCUGUUUUUGCAUAUCCUGAUAUAAACACGAGAGGGGUUGGGAGAAUUCGCGACAGUUAUGCAAACCUUCGACUUCGUCUCGGGUUUGCGUAACUGUCUCGAAUUCUCCCAACCCUCUCGUGUUCAUAUAAGGCUUUGCAAACACGGAAAACGUUUUCUAUUGCUUAAAUAUUAAACUGCGUAACUAUAUGCAUUCUCUAUACUAUGUUUCAAUUUUACCCUUUGUCAAAAUUCCAUUGUCUUUCAAACACCAACGGAUGGCGUCCGAAAUCUACGUUUUUCAGCAAAUUAUUACGAUUUUCCCAAAAGGCGCUCUUAUUAUGUAAUAACGACUUUAGUCGCGCAAAAUUUACAUAUAAAUAAGUCAGAUGCUUAUAAGUGACAGUAAGUGGACCUCUUUCCUGUACUCUUACUUUCAAGUUUUCUGCCUUUUUCUUUUUUCAGGUUUUAGUACCUUCCUGGGAAUGAUUGUACUAGCAUUUGCUGCAUCAGAGAUAUUCCGAAUCUUCUUCCGAAUGUUCUUGGGAAUCGUCGGGUUUGGCCUUAUUCAUGGUUUGUGCAUUUUGCCUGUUUACAUGUCUCUGCUGUGUUGGCGGCCUGUGGUGAGAGUGAGCGCGGAUAGACUUAAUAGCAGCAGCCAGAAAGAGGAAUGUGGCCAAGAAUUGCAUCAUGCUGAGACUGGUAGUGAAAACGGAGAUCCAGCAGCCAGUUACCCUUCUUUGCAGUUGGCUGAGGAAGAAAAUAUCAAUAAGGAGGUUCAAUAUGGUAACACGAAACAGGAAGAUGGUAGAAACCAUGGCCAGAGAGAUAGAAGUGGCCAAGAUUUGCACCUGGCAGAAAUUGAUGGUGAAAACCGAGAUCUAGCAGCCGAUAACCCUACUUUUCAGUUGACUGAGGAAGAAAAAGUCAACGAGGAGGUUCAUAAUGGUAAUAACGAACACGAAGAUGGUAGAAACCAGAAAGAUAAAUGUGGCCAAGAUUUGCUUCCGGCGGAAAUCGGUGGUGAAAACCGAGAUAUAGCAGCCGAUAACCCUUCUUUUCAGCUGACUGAGGACGAAAAAGUCAACAAGGAGGUUCAUAAUGGUAGUAAGGAACAGGAAGAUGGUAGAAACCAGAAAGAUAAAUGUGGCCAAGAUUUGCUUCCGGCGGAAAUCGGUGAUGAAAACCAAGAUCUAGCAGCCGAUAACCCUUCUUUUCAGUUGACUGGAGAGGACGAAGAAGAUAACGUUGACAAAGAGGCUCAUAACAGUAAAGAGAAACAGGAAGAUGGGGGAACAGAUGACGAUCAAUAUGUGGUAAACCCUUUUAAAGGAAUUCAUAACGCGGGUUUGGAAACUGGUGACGAGGAAUUGCAUUCCUCGACAAGAGAAGGCAGCAAACAGCAAAGCCUAAGCGAGAAGCAGGAAAGUGAGGACAAUGAAGGAAAUGGCGAGGCUAUUCAGGCGCCAGAUAAAAGUGAUACCUUAGUUGAGGUAGCAAAGUUGUAAUCGUGAAGAGUCCAUUUUGUAUUAUUUCAGGGUGAAUAAGAAAAUGAGUUCAAACGCCAAUUAUUUCUACUUGCCAAGGAGCUAAUGACCGUCAUCACUUAUAUGUUACUAAUUUAAAAGGCUCGUUUCGAUUCACCCCUAGAUUUUCAGCUUGUAAAUAGCUUACAAGAUUGCUUUUCAGCUUAUAAGAUCGUUUAUUAUUUAAGUAACCUGUUCCCAGUGAAACUCAGCAGUGUUCUCUGUCACCAUUUGCAGAAAUACACCACUGAGUUAAACACGCUACAUUGAAGAACUUGACAGGAGAAAUUUGUUUCACAGCGGCUCGCAUAUUCUCCCCUUUUCGAAAGUGUACUUAAUUUUUUGGUGUAAUUUACUAUAUCCUGUGUGGCAAGCGUUUUCAUUUGGCCUGGUUUCGGCGGAAAGAAAGACCGAGAGCCAAAAAGUGAAAGAGGGGGAAGAGGGGAGGGGAAGGAAGGAAACGCCUGCAGACAAACCCCUCGAUUUUGAAAACCUGCGUUCGCCAGCGAACGCAGCAACUGAUUGGCUCGGCUAGUCGAACAAUAUUGACAUGUGUCCAUCAAAGGUUUGUUUCAUACUGAGAGGUCAUGUAUGGUACGUGACACGCACGCUGUAGUCGUUGUUUAUUCUGGUCGGCAAGAUUUGCCCGAUUUGCGCUCCUUCUUUUGAAACGCAAAGCUCUUCUUGCGACUAAAUAAGGGUUUCAGGUCGUUUCGUUUACUCUCCAAAGUGCCUCCUGGAUUUAAAUAACUAAAAUCGAUUUUCUUUUGUCAGCGAAUGCGAUGGUUUCCGCAAUGUUUUGUCAUGCUGGGCCCAGGUCGUUAGUGUUUUUUUCCUCUCGGAUAGUGAUUUACAGAUCCAAAUUUCGAAGAAUGGAUUGCAACUAUGGAAAAGUGCAUUGUGACUCAGUCAAGAUUGCUGAUUAAGUAAUGAUCGUUCGGAUUCAUUGAGAGUUCACCAUUAACGCGUUCCAUGAAAAAUUAUUUUGGUUUCAUACACGCGUCCUCUUUUCCUCUCCAGGAAGGCCAAUUAUUUUAUUGGUCAAUUAUGACAGCUGUUGACAGCAUCAAAUGUCGGUGCGCGCACUCAGGCAUGACAGGCCAAGUGGGCGGUUUUCAAAAUCCUGGGGUUUGUCUGCAAGCGUUUCCUUCUUUUCUUCCAUCCCCACCCCCUUUCCGCUCUUUUACUUGUGCCUUUAUUCGCGCGGUCUUUGACUCUCAUUCCUCGUUCUUUGUUCCUACACCGCACGGAAACGCUUGCUACGCAGGCUAAAUUUACUAUAAUCAUUUCACAUUGAGCAAUAAGUGGUCGUUGCCUUGCAUUAGCCUUAUUCGGUAUUUAGUUGAAAACCGUUGGGUAAAAUUUACAUUAAUUAACGUCCUUUAUUAUACUAAAAGAAUGUAUACUACCAAAGUGUCGUUUAUUACGAGUGGCAUUCGUUCAUAUUUCAGACCGGGAAGAAGUGGCCUGCCGGAAUAAUAUCAUUCUAUAUUGCGUUUCUGGAAAAGGAUUGUAGAGGUACUCCUUUGUAACAAACCGUAGUUCCGAAAAUAAGCCCCGGGGCUUGAAUUUUUCAAAGCGUCUUUUUGAGGGGCUAAUUUUUGGAGGGGCUUAAAUUCGGAGUGGCUUAUCUAAGGCGGAAAUUUGCGUUUCAAAAUCGAUUGGGCUAGCCUUAUAGUUGAAAGGAAAUUUACCGUUUCUGCUUCCUUCCACGGGGCUUAUAUUUGCCGGGAGGGGCUUAUUUUCGGAAUUUUACUGUAUCUUCACGUUAGAAAAAAGUAAGUUGAAAUAAGAAGUUUUGGAAACUCUCGAAGUUGUAGAACUUCAGUAACUUAUCAUCCUUUACCUCUACUUUGUACAGUGUAACUUUUCCGGGACAUUUACUCUAAGGUACUAAUACAACGCAGUUUAACCGCGGUUUAUUCAAUCAAUAAACCUUUAGAUCUGUUUUUUGUUUCAAUUUUUUUUAAUUUUUUCGUUUUAUUUUUUUUGAUAGUCGUCCCUAUUUGCCUUCUUGAC